GAAGCGCGGGUGAUGGCGCAACCCCACGAGCGAGAAGAGACCCAUUCCCACGGGGUCAGCUCAGCCCUGUCCGUGAGGUGGGUGCAAGGAUACCCUAAGCAGAAUGUUCAAUUUGUGAACAAUGAAACCAUUUGUUACCCUUCCGGGAAUUAUAUCAUAUUCAUUAAUAUGGAAACUAAGGAAAAGACAGUUCUCCAGUGUGUGACCGGAAUUGUGGGCGUCAUGGCAACGAACAUUCCCUAUGAGCUUAUAGCUUUUUCAGAUCGGAAAUAUAACCCCACCAUCCACAUAUACAAGUUUCCUGGAUUGACAAGAAAGACCAAAUUAAAAGGCACUGUGCUUCUGGACUACACGUUACUUAGCUUCAGCUACUGUGGCACGUACCUGGCUAGCUACUCCUCCCUCCCGGACUAUGAACUGGCCCUCUGGAACUGGGACUCCCAGGUCAUUCUGUGCAAGCAGUCACAGCCUGGUGUGGAUGUGAACCAGAUGACUUUUAACCCUAUGAACUGGCACCAGCUGUGUUUGUCCAGUUCCAGUGCAGUGAACGUAUGGACCGUUGAGCGAAGUAACCAGGUGCACCACUUCUCGGCAAAGUCAGUAAAACUACCAACAGAAGAUGGGUCCCUUCUGAUUGAAAGAGACAUCAUUUUCUCCCACUCGAAGCCCAAGGAUCUUAUCUAUGGACCGGUGCUCCCUAUAUCCGCUAUCGCUGGGCUAGUGGGUGAAGAAGCAGAAACUUUCAGGCCAAAGGAUGAUCUGCAUCCUUUGCUUCACCCAACGAUGCAUUGCUGGACUCCAACUAAUGACUUGUAUAUUGGCUGUGAAGAGGGCUAUCUUUUAAUGAUCAAUGGAGAGACUUUGAAGGUGACUGUGCUGAAUAAGAUUGAAGAACCACCAUCUACGGGCAGAGGAAAUAUUAUCAGCCCAGUCACCUUGGUAUAUCAGAAGGAAGGCAUCUUUGCUUCUGGAAUAGAUGGCUUUGUGUAUUCUUUUAUUAUUAAAGACUCAAGUUACAAAGUGCAGAAUUUUGUGGAGCUGGAAGAGCCCGUGGAGCAUUUGACGUUUUCUCCCAAUUACAAAGUGUUGCUGAUUCAAACACAGAAGGGAUCUGUUUAUACUUGCACUUUUGAUGAGGAGCCAGUCUUUAAUGAAGUCCUAAUUGCGUGUGAAGGGAACUUUCAGGCAAUUGAUUUUAUCAAACCUGCAAACAGUCACUUCCUGACACUCACAGCUUCCGGGGAAGUUGGUAUUUGGCAUUUGGAGGAUUGUUCUCCCGUCGGCAAGCUUUCUCUUCAUACCCCAUCGACGGUCCUGGCUUGCUCUCCCUCGUCACACUCUGCUGUCGUGGGGACCUUGGAUGGCUCAGUCCACUUCCUUGAUGUUUCUGACCUCAGCGCCCCUUCGGAAAUCCACAGGGUCUUUCUUUCGGAAGCAUCUGUGCAGAGUGUUAUUUAUGACCAGCGAGGAAUAUUUCUGUUAGUAGGAACAUCAGAAGGACACAUCUUUGUCAUCAAUGCCAAACCCUCAAGCUCAUUUAAGAUUCUUGGAUUCACAGAGAUGAUCAAAGGCAUCUCCCAAAUAUCCACCGUGUCCCUUCUGGAAACAGACACAGUGGAGGUGAUGGUGCUGACCCCACUCCCAGAAGCAGGAAGAAGCAGACUGGAACUGUUUACUCUGCCUACAAUCCUACCACAAGUUGCCGAAUCCCUCAUGGAUAAAAGAGGGAGGCUGCAAGAGAUAUUCAUUCACAAGCUCCUGUAUGAGAUCGAGCACGUUCUCUGCUCCGCAGUCUUGGAUUUUCAAAGCCAGCGGAUUCUGGGUUUCUGUGAUCAGGUGCCAUACAUCUGCAGCUAUCUUCUUCCCCCCAAUGAGCAUACUGGUGUUUGUUUUCUUAAACCAUUUCAAAAACUACAAAGCAGACAACACGGCCCUGGAAAACUCUACUUGUCUUCGCAUGGGCUAUGGCUCCUAAGCACAGUGAAGGGUGGAAUCCUGUAUAUCCGAGAUGUUCAAACUUUAGAAAUAUUUGCUCGGUGUCGGAGCCAUUCUUACCAGGGGCAAGGGAUUCAGUCACUGACCAUUUCAUUGGAUGGACAGGACAUCCUGGUGAAUGGGAAAACUGACAGUACUCUUGUUGCUUUGAAGUGGAAGCGCUUUGGAGGCCUCUUAGCGACUAACAGUCUUGAUCACUACCUGAAACUUUUGUCUUCUCUGAACAAUACCAUAGAAGAGGAGCAUAGCUAUAUAAAAUCUAUGUCAAAACAAUCCUUAGAUUUGGAACUGGGAAAUGAAAAUACAGAACCUCAAGAAAACAUGCCAAUAAGAAUUGAGUCCUCACAAGAGGAAAUGCCCUCAGCUCAAGACAUUAAAAAAAUAUCCUGGAUGCAAACAAAAAGUCAAGAGGCCAUUAAAGAAGAGGUUAACCAGUUCUCCAAGAAAAGGAAAGACAUUAAAAAAGGAAUCAAAGCACUUGUUAGGAUGGUUGCGAGUAUGAUGGAAGAAAAUGAAAGCUUGGCCUUUGUUGCCAGAUUAGAACAAAAAGAAUUUAGCCUGGAUCUUGAAGAGUUGGAAAGGCUUCACGAUGAGAGUGAGGAAGAAAUAGCAAAGAUAAAAAAAGACAGCGAGAUGGAGAACCUAGCCAAAAACUAUUUGGCUGAUCUAAUCAAAGGGGAAUGCUGGAAUUCGAUGACUGUGAAAGGCCGUUCUCUGAAGUGCUUUCACCUACCCUAUGUAGUUGAGAACUUCCCAAUGAAAGAGCGCACAGCUGAAGAGCUGAAAGAAUUGGAGAAAGUUUUACAGCAAAAGAAGAUCGAAACAGAGUGUCUUAAAUUGCGGAAGGAAAUUGUAGAGGUUGAGUCUACAGUAUCCUUAAGCAAAAAGCAUCACGAGGAGGAUGAUGAAGAGGAAGAAGAAAACGUGACAAUAAAAAAUGCCAACUUGCCCAAUUACCUGCUUGGCAGCCAGAGUACAGAUUUUUGGGUGGAUACUACUUAUUUGCAAAGCCAGUUGGAACUUCACUCCAGAGAAGAGAAGAUUGACCAAAUUAUAUUACUGAAGGAUAUCAUCUACAAGGUCAAAACUGUUUUUAAUAAAGAGUUUAAUGCUUCAUUUAAACAAAAAGAGUUCGAAAUUGCACGUGUGAAGGAAAGAAAUGUAAGAAUUCAAGAAAUUAUUACAGAUCUGGAGUUGGAAGACAAGAUCUGGCAACCAGAAUUAGAAGAUAGUGAGGUGCCUGAGAGAACCCUGGUUGUGGAGGAAAGUGAGAUUAAAGCUAGAAAAUACGUAAGGCCAUGGCAAAAAGUCAGAGAAGAACUUAUUUUGACACACAAGAUGGAGAAAUUGUUUGCCUUUCAGGCCUCUGACAUGAGACAGCGGGCCCUGAUGGACAUGAUGGGAGGUGUUCUGGAAGUCAAGAAGGAAGAUAUCUUGAAGAUGGUAAUUCCUCAACCUGCUUUCAUGGUCAAGCCUGAUGCCAUGUGGUCGGAAGAGGAAAGGAAACAAUUCAAAGAAUAUGAGAAAAAAGUCAAGGAACUAAAUGAAGAAAGAGACAAGUAUAGAAAGUCCUUAGAAGCAGAAAUGAAGAAACUGCAAAACAACAUUCUAGAAACCACACAGGCCUUCGACGAGCAUUUGAAAAGGCUCUUUGAAAGGAGAGUGAAGGCUGAGAUGGUCGUCAACCAGGAGGAAUUGAAAAUAAAUAAUCUUCUUUUCUCUUUACUCUUGGAUGAAGAAUUAAGCUCCAGAGAACUGUGUCUCAACAACUACCUUACAAGGCAGCAGCAGCAGAAAAUCCAGACAUCAAAGGCUAUCCAAAAUGCCAAGGAAGACCUUGAUAUGUACAAGGAGAACUAUGACAACUUAGUGGCAGAAGACAAAGUCAUGGACCGCAGCUUUAAAAAGGAGUUUUCUGAACUUCCCAUUCAACAGGUGGAUUUACUCUACAAACUUUUCAAGCGUCGCCCAAGGGUUCACAAACAGAAAAUGCAGCAGGAUGCGAUCAGCCUCAACCCUUUCGGGGAGCGGGUUGGAGCUGAGAAGUUGGCGAAGGAUGCUGUCACACAGCUACUGAAAUCCAUGGAGGAACUGGACAAUGUGAGCAACAUGCCGGAAGGCCUGGAUGCCUCCGUCUGGGAGCACUUCUGUGCCACGAGACGAGCAAAAGUGGAAAACGAGCAGAAAGUCAAGCAGAAAGGCUCCGGUUUAAUGGAAAUGUUGACUUUUCUCCGGAAGAGAAUUGAGGACGAUGAGAAGGUGCAGAAGAACAUCGAGAAAGUGUUCCGUGAGCUUGUCAUAUUACAGGAAGAUAAAGUAGAAUUCCAGUUGAAUUUAACCAUCCAAAUUCUCCUCAAACAAGGACAAGUAGAACUGGAGAACUUCCAAUUACUUCUGGAAUAUCCUGAUGCAAUUCUCAUCAACAAGAACAUAAUUGAGGAUUUGAAUUCUGUGAUUCGGACCCAAGGACAAAAGAAAGUUGCCAGUAUGGUGGAAAGUAAAGACGUUCACAAAGGAAUAUUUCAAAUAGAAUGGGAACAUAAGAAAAUGGAGAUGGAAAUGGAAGAUCUAAACCAAAAGGCUUGGGAUAUUCAGAUGCUGUUUUUUUCAAGAGAUCGUCAAAAGUUCCUAAAUGAACCACGCUAUGAGACUCUGAUAGCUAUUCAGAUUGGGAUAAUGGAGCAAACUAUUGCUGUUAUAGAAAAGACCCAUAGGAAGAAUGUGGAAAAUUGCAAAAAACUCAUUAAAAAGCUUGGAAGGUACAGCGGUCACAAGGAUUUAUCAAAUUAUGUUCUAAGUUGCAAUUUACGAGAAGAGUUGGUGGCUGUCUCAGAGAGAAGAGACAUCUGUAAUACAAUUGGAUCUAAACUGACUUGUGAAAAGAUUGCCAAAGAACGAUAUGAUAACAUGAUGGAACAACAAAGGCUAACCCAUAUUUCAAAACAACAAGCUGAAGAGAUUUCAAUUCUACAGGCUGAAGUUGAAAGAUUAAGGAUGAGAACAUUCCCUGCUCUGGUUCCAUUUUAAAACAGCUAGCCCAAUCAUCAUUUAAAAAAUUGUUUCAUUUGCUUAAAAUUGUUUUUCUUUUGUUGGGAAAUUUAAGUAGAUUCUACUCGAUGUUACAUAUUUUAAAUAGCAAUUUUUUAAAGUUUAAGCAUUAAUCAUUAUAAACAUGUUUGUCCUACAUUAAUAAAUGUUAGAAAUAUUAUGAAUUAAUUUUUUUUAUUCAAGAGUGAACAAGAU